AUGACUUGUCAUCAGCGCCCCCUCCCGAAACCCUCUCCUCCCUCUCUUCUCCCCAACCCCUCAACCACCACCCAGCCACCACCACCGACAACCCCCGCCACCGCCAAGCCACCGCCGCCGUGCCAACCACCGCCACCGCACCGGACGCUACCUCCAAUUUCCCCCGGUCACUUUUCUGCCCCACUCGCCUUAAUUCGUCUACCAGGUUCCGCAUCACGUCCCCUUCUAUCCAUUCGUAGUUCACCCCCACCCUUCACUGCUACUGAUGAGACAGCCACACCAUCUGCUGGUCCUUCUUCUUCCACAGCUACCCCUGCUACCACUACUGCACCUCCACCUACCUCAGAGCCAAUUUAUCACCUUGUGCACCGCCUAUUUCAGCAGCUAGACAGAAUGGAGCACCGCAACCGGCGCCGGUAUGAGAGAUCUGAGCGUCGCAACAGGCGACGCUAUGAGCACCUAAAGCUUUUGAUUCGAUCUGGCGGCGACAUCCCCUCCGAGCCUGACACACCAUUAGACCCAUCUGAGGAGGAGGUGGAUGAGCACGAGGAGGAGCUGGCACCCCCUCAGGCUGCACAGGCAGGCACCGAGCAGGCUGCACCACAGCAGGAGAUCCCACAUCAGAUCCAGGCUGCAGAUCCCGAGAUUCCCAUUCAGUCAGCACCUCCUCUACAGCAGACAAAUCCUCAGACCACCACCACAGAGACUCCAGCUAUCCACCCUACCAGUGAUGACACCCCUUCACACCCAGUUUGA